AUGUCUUAUGUUAUCCCUGGACCCCCGACUGCCUUCAAUGGCACCAAUGAAGAGCUUGGUGGUGAUUCCACUACCGAGAACCUCAACCAAUGGUACCAAUCUGGCGACCAGGCCUUCAUCAUCCUCUCCGCCUGCCUCGUCCUUCUCAUGGUCCCUGGCAUCGCCUUCCUGUACUCUGGUCUUGCCCGAAGAAAAUCAGCCCUCUCCAUGCUCUGGGUUGUUAUGAUGUCCUUCUCCGUCAUUGUCUUCCAGUGGUACUUCUGGGGCUUCUCUCUCGCCUUCUCUACAACUUCCAACAACCCCUUCAUCGGUGAUCUCAAGCAUUUCGGUCUUAUGAAGGUCUGGGGUGCUCCCUCAGUCGGAUCUCCUCUUAUCCCUGCUCUGCUCUACUCUUUCUAUCAGAUGAUGUUCUGCGCUGUCACUGGCGCUCUUACAGUCGGCGCUGUCGCCGAGCGAGGCCGCGUUGUGCCAAGCAUGGUGUUCAUCUUCUUCUGGGCCACUCUUGUCUACUGCCCUCUCGCCUACUGGGUCUGGAACCCUAAUGGUUGGGGCUUCGUUAACGGCGUUCUCGACUACGCUGGUGGUGUUCCCGUCGAGAUUGGCUCCGGCAUGUCCGCAUUCGCCUACUCUUGGGUUCUGGGCCGCCGCAACGAGAAGAUGAUGAUGAACUUCCGUCCUCACAACAUCUCCCUCAUCACCCUCGGUACCAUGUUCCUCUGGUUCGGCUGGCUCGGCUUCAAUGGUGGCUCUUCUUUCGGUGCUAACCUCCGUGCUGUUAUGGCUUGCUGGAACUCCUGCCUCACUGCCAUGUUUGCUGCUAUGACUUGGUGCAUUCUCGAUUUCCGCCUGGCUCGUAAGUGGUCCAUGGUCGGCUGGUGCUCUGGCACUAUCUCUGGUCUUGUUGCUGCUACUCCUGCUUCCGGUUUCCUCGACCCUUGGGCUAGCAUCAUCCUGGGUGUUGUCGCUGGUGUCGCUUGCAAUUUUGCCACAAAGAUCAAGUUCCUUGUUCGAAUUGACGACUCUCUCGAUGUGUUUGCCGAGCACGGUGUCGGUGGUAUCGUUGGUCUCAUCUUCAAUGCUUUUUUCGCCCGUGGCUCUAUCAUUGGCCUCGACGGUGUCAACACCGGUGCUACAGGUGGCUUCAUGGAUGGCAACUACGUCAUCAUUGGCUGGCAAAUCGCUGCCAUUGUCGCUGCCUCCGCUUAUGCCUUCGUCAUGUCUGCCAUCAUCGCCAAGAUUAUCGACUUCAUUCCUGGACUGAAGCUCCGUGCCUCCGAAGAGGCUGAGCUCCUUGGUAUGGACGAUGACCAGCACGGCGAGUUCUCUUACGACUACGUUGAGGUUCGCCGAGACUUCCUUGCUUGGAGCCCUCACCGUGGUGAGCCCGCUGAAGAUGGUGAUGUGCUUGAGCCUACCCAUGGCAUUCAGGAGCACCAGUCUAUGAUGAACCCAAGCGAAUCCGAUGAUGUCCGCAAGACUCCUUCUCUUAACACGCCCGAUGUUGUUGCACCCGACGCGGUGAUUAACGAGAAGCAUGCUUAA